CUCGCGCCAUCUCUACCCUUAGAAUUCCAAAAGAACUCAAAAUCUCUCUCAGAAACCCUAGUUUUACGUUUCUAAUGAGUCAAAAUAUCAAAGAAGAAAACAUGGAAAAUUCAUCCAAAGAGGCGGCGGAAAACAAGAAAUUACCAUCUCAGCCUAGCGUAAUUUCUUUAAGCAGUAGCAGCAGCAGCAGCAAUUGUGAUAGUUUUGAUUCUGAUGACUCCGAUUUGGACGGUUGGGAUAUUGAAGGGAACCUGAGGAAGAAGCAGAGGAUUGAAACAGCUGUACUGCCUGUCGGUUUUCUCGACCCGCUUACACCCGAAGAACGCUUGGCCAUUCAAAAGGAAAUAACUACAACCUCGACCAUUGAGAAUAACAAUAAUUCUUUUGCGGGAUUGUCCAAAGUACCGACUAAAGUGAAACAGGAAAGUUUUGAGAAUUCGUGUAAUGGUUUUAAUAAUCAAGCAGUUAGUCCUCCUGCGGUUCGCAGUUGUAAGCAGUUCUGGAAAGCAGGGGAUUACGAGCGCAAGAAUGACGACGAUUCAAGUUCAAGAACAGGAUUAUCUGAUAGCAUGGAUCAUGUCAGGAUUCAUCCGAAAUUCUUACAUUCAAAUGCAACUAGCCAUAAGUGGGCUUUGGGAGCUUUUGCUGAGCUUCUAGAUAAUGCCUUAGAUGAGGUUAACAAUGGAGCAACCAAUGUCCACGUGGAUGUGCUCAACAAUAGGAAGGACAAUAGUAAAAUGUUGUUGAUAGAAGAUAAUGGUGGUGGCAUGAAUCCUGAUAAAAUGCGGAAGUGCAUGUCUCUAGGGUAUUCUGAGAAAAGCAAAAUUCCCAACACCAUUGGUCAAUAUGGUAAUGGUUUCAAGACUAGUACUAUGAGGCUUGGGGCAGAUGUCAUUGUAUUCUCACGUUGUCAGGGGACAGAUGGAAGAAGUGCAAAACAGAGUAUCGGAUUGCUGUCCUACACUUUCUUGAUGGAAACCGGAAAGGAAGAUAUUGUGGUCCCCAUGAUUGAUUAUGAGAAAAGAGGUGACACCUGGAACAAGAUGGUACGCUUUUCCUCAGUUGAUUGGGAUAGAAAUCUUAGAACCAUUCUGCAGUGGUCUCCAUAUGGAAGUGAAGAAGAUCUCCUUCAACAGGUAGUCACCACUGAUGCAUCCGCACUGCAAUUGACUAACAGUAGCCAUCAUAGAUCACCUAUUGAUGCCACUGAAAAUGUGGGAGCAACUCAGUCUGAGGCACAAGCUAAAAAUCAUAGCAAUACAUCUUCAAUUAGUGGGAGCCCUCAAGUAGAACCUGUAUCAGAUCAAACUGCUCAAAACUUGAGUGUGAAGACUGAAAAGGUUAGCAGAGAUGCAUAUGCGGCUUAUCCUUCCACAACAGAGAUGGUACUUGGUUUGGCAGAAGAAAAUAAUUCCUUGCGGAAUAGUUUAGAGGAAGUCCUGCAAAAUUUGGUGUUUGAACGGGACAGAAAUGUAUUACUUCAAAAUCAACUUCAAGAUACGCAGGAAAAAUUGGAAAAAUUUGAAGUUUUUGUUAGUACCUUCGCGGAAGAAAGAAGCAGGCGAGAUCAGGAGGAAGUGUGUUUGAGGAAAAGAAUAAAGGAAGCUUCCGAAACCAUUGAAGGGUUACUCCAUAAAAUCAAGAUGCUAGAGAAUAGAGGAAGAGUUUAGUUUGAAAUUCAACAGCAAUGCUUUUCUUAAUAACUUAAACAAACGCUUUGAUUUUUUCUUCCGCAUAUAUUAUUAAAUCAUUGGUUACAUUAAUUUCGUGUAGUCGGAGAAAACAAAACUAACAUAGCUUCAUUGUACUUCUAUAUGGAAAAUUCUAGAAAGAGAUUCUCGACA